AUGUUUGGAAAUCCAGAUUUGGAACCCAUCACGAGAUCGUACGGCCCCGCUACUCUCUUCGCUAACCUCUCUUCGUCGUCCAUAUGCCGCAAAACCCUAAUGUUCCCCAUCACGUGCCGCGCGUUCCUAGAGUGGCUGGUGGUGGUUGGGGUGGCUAGAGUGGCUAGGUUGGGAGAGAGAGCUCCCAAAAUCAAAGGCCUUGUUCUUGAGGUCUCUCUCUAUGAGACCCAGCAAAGGAGCGUUUGGGUCAAUUGGGCAUGCCAAAAAUCUCUACUUUCUGGGCAUUAUCUCUCAUCUCCGAUUUCUUAA